AUUCACUCUUCACUUGUUUUCUACCACGGCUGAGAAGAGGGCCUCUCGUCUCCCAGGCAUGCCGACCAUGUGGAGCGUCCUGCUGCUGUGCAGCUGUAUCUGCCUCUGGCUUCCUACUCCGGCCAAAGGAGCUCUGGUUAUUUCCGGGAGCAGUGCCCUCACACAGGAGACCAAAGGAAUUAGGAGCAUCAGAUCGACACAGAAAGAAAGAACAGACUCUGAAAAUGUGGAGGUGUUCAGCGUUCGAGUCGCCUGCACAGUCACGUCUCGUUUCGCCCACACCGUCAUGACCUCGGAGGCUCUCAACAAAGCGAACUCCUCCCAGGAAAUCUUCUUCAAAAUGGAGCUUCCCAAGACGGCCUUCAUCACCAACUUCAGCAUGGAAAUUGAUGGUCAGGCCUAUGUUGGAGAGGUGAAGGAGAAAGAGAAAGCCAAGGAGCAGUAUGAGAAGGCCGUUUCCUCGGGACAGUCCGCAGGACUGGUCAAGGCUUCUGGGAGAAAAAUGGAGAAGUUCUCAAUGUCUGUCAACAUUGCUGCCAAAAGCAGAGUGACCUUCACUCUGGUCUACGAGGAGCUCCUUCAGAGGAAACUGGGAAAAUACGAGCUAGUGACCCGAGUUAAAAUUGAACAACCGGUGCAGGAGUUUCAGGUUCUUACAGAUAUCUAUGAGCCGCAGGGCAUUACCACUGUCGAUGCCACAGCAACUUUCCUCACCAACGACCUGCUCCACCUCAUAGAGAAAACAGUCACAGACACAUGGGCGCAUAUCUCUUACACUCCAACAGUGGAGCAGCAGAAGUGUCCAAGGUGUGAAAACACAUUAAUCAAUGGAGACUUCAUCGUCACGUAUGAUGUGAAACGAGACACGAGUCUAGGGGAAGUACAGGUUGUGAACGGAUACUUUGUGCACUUCUUUUCUCCCCUUGAUCUGCACAGACUGCCAAAGAACGUGGUGUUUGUGAUAGACAGGAGUGGAUCGAUGGGUGGAAGAAAGAUUCAACAGACCCGAGAGGCGCUAGUUUCCAUCCUGAACGACCUCCACGAAGAUGACCACUUUGCUAUUAUCCUGUUUGACGACAAAGUACAGUACUGGAAGAACUCUUUAACCGCAGCGACAAAGACGAACGUUUUGGAAGCCAUUGAUUAUGUUAGGAAAUUGAGAGAAAGCGGAGCUACCAACAUCAACGACGCUGUACUGGGGGCAGCGAGCAUGCUGGCGACAAACAUGGGCCUUAAGGACAACGCAGAGAGGAGCGCGCAUAUGAUUAUAUUACUAACCGACGGGAUGGCAAACCACGGGGAGACGAACGCCCACAAGAUCCAGCAGAACGUACAGGCUGCUAUCGGGGGGACAAUGUCUAUGUACUGUCUCGGAUUCGGAAAUGACGUGGACCACUCCUUCCUCGAUGUGAUGUGCAAACAAAACAAGGGACUGGCCCGCAGAAUAUUUGAGGGUUCAGAUGUGGUCGUUCAGCUAAAGGGUUUCUUUGAGGAAGUGUCGAGCCCUUUGCUCUUGGAGGUGGAUCUGCAUUAUCCUGACAAUGCGGUGGACUUCUUGACCAAAAACCACUACAGUCAGCUGUUCAACGGCUCAGAGAUCGUGGUGGCUGGUCUGCUGAAACAAGAUGAUAUGGAUAACUUCUUGCUGGAAGUGGAUGCCCAAGGGUAUGAAGACAACUUCCGGGUGCAGGGAAAGCCCAGUGUGGUAAACUGGAACACAGUAUACCCAGAAAAGGAGUACAUCUUUGGACAUUUCAUUGAGCGUUUGUGGGCCUAUCUCACCAUCCAGCAGCUUCUCGACAAGAGCGACACUAGUUCUCAGCAGGAGAAAGGCGCCAUCACAGCCAAGGCCCUGGACAUGUCCCUGCAGUACAGUUUUGUCACCCCGCUCACCUCCAUGGUGGUCACCAAGCCUGAUGCUGAGGACGCAGCAGGCAACGCUUUCAUCGCUGAUAAACUGACUGAGGCACAGCGACAGAAAGCAGAGAAAUUGAAGGCUCCGGUACGGAGACUCCCGUCCUCACGGCAAAGCAGUAGUUCCCGGGGUCAAGCGGAUGUGGAUGGAGAUCCUCAUUUCCUGGUAGAGCUCCCUGACAGAGACGACGCUCUUUGCUUCAACGUCAACGACAAACCGGGAACCAUUUUCAAUCUGGUCAGGGACCCGGAAUCAGGCUUUGUGGUGAACGGCGAACUUAUCGGCAAGAAGAAAGUUGUUCUAGGUGGUGAUCUCAACACGUACUUUGGUCGUUUUGGUAUCACUCACGAGAAGCUGGGGCUGAGGCUGGAGGUGAGCACUGAGGACAUCGCAGUCUUUUACAAUGGCAAGCAAGUCAACCUGCUGUGGUCUGAUACAACCUCCCUGAAAGAAACAAAUUUGGACCUCAGCUUGACUAAGCACUGCAGCCUCACGGUGACACUGAGACACUCGGUAAAAUUCACAAUCAUCAGACACACAAAGGUUUGGAAGAGACGACACUACCACCAAGACUACCUGGGUUUCUACACUUUGGACAGUCACCACUUGUCGUCUUCAGUUCACGGUCUGCUAGGUCAGUUCUACCGUGGGGUUAAGUUUGAGGUGGCGGACCUGCGUCCAGGUGAAGUCCAGGAGAAAUUAGAUGCCACCAUGUACGUGAAGGGACAAACGCUCAACGUGACCAGACACUGGCAGAAGAACUUCAGCAAGGACGUGAAGGAUGGAGAAAAUGUCUCCUGCUGGUUUGUUAACGACGAUGGAGCAGGCCUCAUUGAUGGAACCGCUUCAGACUACACCGUGUCACAUCUGUUUGAACACUGAAACUUGUAAAACUUUGCGGCAUUGCACUGAAGGGGGUGGGCAGGGUACAUUGUUAUGGUGAGAGUAUACACUGUGACUUUUUUAUUACAAGAUGAAAAUAUAACAAAUCAUUUUCUGAUUCCAAAUUACUUUUAUCUUUGUAUUAGCUGUAAAAAGCUCAUUACACUAUAUAUCGCUAUAUUAGACUUUUCCUGCUGAACCCAGGUUAUGUGUAGCUGGAAUAUACAUAUAAUAAAGUGUAUUUGUGUAGUA